AUGGUGGGCCGAAAGAAAUUGCUGUUACUAGGUGGUACUGGCUUUGUGGGUUCACAUGUCUUACACAAUGCCCUGCAGAGCGGCUGGAGUGUUGUCUGCGCCACUCGCGGCGGAGUGCCAAAACCCGGCGUUCCUCUUCUAGACGCCGCCCUGCAACAGUACUACUACGGCUACCAUCAUUCUCAUCAUGAUAGUGAUCAUCCGAAUAGUAACCACAAGGGGGAUCCCAACAGUAAUGAUGAGGCCCAACAUCAUCAUCAAAGUAAUAAUAAUAAUAAUAAAGAAGAACGCCUGCAGUGUUUUACACCUCCGCUGGAGUUUGUCUCUUUAGACGCCACCAGUCGAUCGCAGGUGUUGGCCCUCAUCGCCGAUCACCCCGACACCACAGCCGUUGUGAGUUGCAUUGGGGCGAGAACACACGAUCACGUGGAGGCACGGCGGGUGUGUGGGGAUGCGAAUGUGAACAUCGCCGCCGCGGUGUAUACACGCGGUCCGUCCAUCCAGCGAAUGGUCCUCAUCUCCGCAGAGCCACUGCGCUCCUCGCAAUCGCGGGCCCAAUCCUCUACCUUCGCCCUGCCACUGUCGCUAUCCCCGCAGUGGCGACUCUGGCGGGGUUACUUUUACGGCAAGCGGAUUGCCGAGCGGGCGGUGUUGGAGAAUCUCCCCGGGCGGGCCGUUGUCCUGCGGCCGGGUGUAUUUGUUUACGGCAACGGCCCCACCGCACUGAUUGGCCGCCCGAUGGAAUACGCCCUGCGGCCACUGCACACAUACGGUAUGUGUACACCACCUAUGCAUGUGGAUGUCCUCGCCAGGGCGGUGCUGCGGGCGAUUGAGGAUGUGAACACACCACCCGGUGUGUGGGAUUACGAUAAGAUGCAUAGUUUGGGUGUACAAGAGAGGCGAGCAGAAGAAGAAAUUAAAAAGUAG